UGGUGGGGAAACGAGCGCUUGGUGCUGUAGAACGUGCUCGUCGGUCAGUCAGUAGCGAAUCCUCGUAGAGUGAACUUCACGCAACGCGUACAAUUUUUUUUUAAAUUUGAUCAGUGCAAUCCAGUACAUUGAUCGGUGCUCCACGAGCAAGUUUCAAGCAUUGUGUGUUUACGCGGAUGAAAUUCAGCUCCUCGGGACGAGCGAGUGACAGACGUGCGAAGGCACGUGUUCUCACACGCACCGUAGCUUACAUGCCACGGUGAUUAAACGCGAUUCCGUCGAUUGCGAGUGAAAGUGGAACUUUCAAAGGUGGAACAGCCGGGACUUUCCGAAAAGUCCGUGAUCAGACGUUUUCGUUAGGUCGAUGCUUUUGAUGCUUUCUAUCUUUCUGGCGUCGGAGGAUUUUGAAAUAUCAGUGUGCUUCCUUGACGUAACUAGAGACAACACCCAGUGGAAACUUCCACUUUGUACUUCAAACUUUGAGGCACGCGCUUGGACUCGCUUUUUUCAUGCACGAUCCAAGGAGAAAUAGAUAAAACAACCGUGGGACCAAAAUAUAACGAACGUAUGACAGAUGGAUAGUUCGAAGUUCACGUUGGAAACUUGAAGAACGUGGAAUUCCAUAUUCACCGACUGAGGCAAACAACGUUUUUGAAUCCGGAUCGAGACACGGAAAGAUUGACUUAUGUCAAUCGCUGGCCUAGCCUCUGCCUCCUCCCCCCCUUUUCACCUUCAAUUGCGCUGACAUUGCACGUGCCGCGACAGUGACGUAUGCGGCAAGCGACGGAUCCCGAGUUGACGAUUGCGAUGGACGAAGAGGAGAAGAUCGCGAUGGACGAGGCUUCCACGAGUUCGACGAAGAGGCUACAGCAGCAGGACGAGAGUAUUGACCUUGCACACGUCGACAUCGUGACGUACGCGCCAGGCUUCGAUCCCUGGGUCGAGCCUUGCGUAGGGGUGGAAAGCAUCGUGGAGCGGUCGGUUCCCGCGAGUCCGAUGAAGAAAAAGCAAAAUGACAGCGGUUACUCUGAAGGUAGCUGCGGCGACUUCGAAGUCUCCGACGUCUAUCACGAGCAACACGAUCAGGCGGAUUUCAGCGGCAGUCCCGACAGCGACAACGAUGUCAUCGUCAUCGGCGAGGUUUUCUCAAACUCCCUGACAGAGGUAGCGAAUUGGCAGGGCAACCAACAGAACAUUCCUUCCCGUCUGGUCGAGAUCGUAGAUCUCGUCGUCAGAGACUCGAUCGCCCAAGCCGUGGACGAUCGGAAUGUCGGAAACUCCGUCGAGAUCAUAGAGGAUGUCACUGAGGAUUGUCGCGCCCAAAUUGUCGACGAUCUCGACGACUCGGUCGAGAUUAUAGACAACCUGAGCAGCGCGGAUUCCGGAAGACAAGACACGGGAGAUAACGCGGACGACGUGAAUGCCGACUCUGCUGUGAACGUCAAGGACUCCGUCGAUGAUGAUCCCUACGGCAUCUACAGGGAGCCAAGAAGCGUAAAUCUGACGGAUAAUGGAAAUCAGAAAGUCGACAGAACGCAUUUCGAUCUGCUGAAAGUUCUCGGCACCGGUGCUUACGGCAAGGUAUUUCUCGUGCGAAAAAAGAUGGGCACCGAUGCCGGUCGACUUUAUGCCAUGAAGGUGCUGAAGAAGGCCACCAUCGUAUCCAGGCGGAAAACAACGGAGCAUACGAAGACCGAGAGACAAAUUCUAGAAGCUAUCAGAGACAGUCCCUUCCUGAUAACGCUGUACUAUGCAUUUCAAACGGAAGACAAACUCUAUUUAAUCUUAGAAUAUAUCCCUGGCGGCGAAAUGUUCAUGCACUUAUAUCAGAACGAGUGCUUUACCGAAGAUGCAGUGCGAAUUUAUAUCGGCGAAAUUAUUUUGGCGUUGGAACGUCUUCACGAGCUUGGUAUUAUUUAUCGCGAUAUCAAGCUCGAAAAUAUACUGCUCGAUCGAGAAGGACAUAUCGUGCUGACAGAUUUCGGUCUUAGCAAGGAGUUCCUACCGCACGAAAGGAAUGGCAACGCGCGUACUUACUCCUUUUGCGGGACUAUCGAGUACAUGGCACCGGAAGUAGUACGAGGGGGUCCAAACGGACACAAUAUCGCUGUCGAUUGGUGGAGUGUAGGCGUGCUGACAUUCGAAUUACUGACUGGUGCGUCGCCUUUUACGGUGGAAGGUGAGAAGAAUACCCAGAGCGAUAUUUCAAAGAGGAUAUUGAAUAACGACCCGCCGGCGAUGCCGAGCCACCUGAGUGCCAACGUGAGCGAUUUCAUUACCCGUCUGCUCGUUAAAGACCCACGGCAGAGACUGGGCGGUGGACCGCGCGACGCCAAGGAACUCAAAGAGCAUCCCUUCUUUAUGAGCGCGGCCCCUGCCUUCACCUGGGAAGCUCUGGAACGGAAACAGAUCAGACCGCCCUUCGUUCCCGAAAUCAAGGACGAGCUGGACACCAGCAACUUUUCCGAGGAGUUUACGAAAAUGAACGUCAACAGCCCGUCGUCGGUGACCGACGAUAACAAACAAGAUAAGCAUUUUUGGGGUUACUCGUAUGUGGCGCCUUCGGUACUAUUCACCGACAACGCGGUGAGCAGGGACAUUUUCGGCGACGAGGAGGGUACUCGGUCGCAGCGGCCUUCGAUGUCCAAUCUGCUCGCCACGCACUUUGAAGAAUCCGCAUUCUUCCAGAUCUACGAGCUGGACCGGGAAGCGCCAGCUCUGGGCGACGGUAGCUUCUCGAUUUGCCUGCGGUGUCGUCAUCGCCAGACGCAGCAGGAAUAUGCCGUGAAGAUCGUCAGUCAGCGAGUGGACUGUAGCCGCGAGGAGAAUCUGCUGCGCGUGUGCCAGGGCAACCCGUACGUGGUGAAACUGAUCGGCGUCUACAACGACCGAGCUCACACGUACUUCGUGAUGGAGCUGCUCUCGGGCGGCGAAUUGCUGCAGCGACGGCGAUCCUUCUCGGAGCGGCAGGCGAGGCGAGUGAUGCGGCAACUGGCGUCCGCGGUACGAUACAUGCAUACGCGUGGCGUGGUGCACCGCGAUCUCAAGCCGGAAAAUAUUGUAUUCGUGCAUCAGGGCGAGGACUCGCCGGUAAAGAUAGUGGACUUUGGAUUCGCGCGGAUGAAGAGCAACUGCGAGCCGUUGCACACGCCGUGCUUCACGCUACCGUACGCCGCUCCGGAAGUAUUGGCCCGGCAGGAAUACGACGAGAGUUGCGACAUGUGGUCCUUGGGCACCAUUCUGUAUUUCAUGUUGUCCGGCAUUCCGCUCUCACCUGAAAUGGCGGCGCGCAUCAGAGCCGGCGAGAUCAAUCUCGACAGUAACGUCUGGAGUCACGCGUCCAACGCGGCGAAGCUGGUGAUGAAGAGUUUGCUGAUGGUCGAUCCGAGCAAGAGACUUACCGCGAACGAUUUGGUCUAUCAUCCGUGGCUGAUGAAUAACAAUACAAUGCCACCAGUGACGCCGAGUGACGCAGUCCACGUGGAUCAGACGGCGACCACCAGCUCGAUAUCGACGUUCGAGCGCGCGAAUGAUAGCUUCCGGCUGCGCGCGGUCGAUUUCGCUAAAUUGGCGCAACGUCGCAAGCACAAAUGCUCCACUUCCAGCUCCUCGACGUCGAGACCGUCCUCCUCCUCGUCCUCGAGUCCGUCGUCGGUUCAAUUGCUGCAUCCGCCAAGCGCCGCAGUGAGCAACGUGACCACGACCGCUUCCACUUUGUCGCCGAGCGCCUUUGACUUCAGUGAGGAAAGAGUCAACGAGUACCUGAGUUCCCUGUCUUCUUCCUCGGAUUCAAACUCCCCGAGACUCCCGCAGCCGCAGGAGAGGUUUGCUGGCAAAACCAUGAAGCGAACGGCGAAGCGCAAGCACAACACCGACCUCGACUCGUCGUGUCAGCAAGAAGCCGCGACGAAACAUCGCCACCGACGCGACGUUGACGAGGAGAAUAGCGGUAGCAAUAGUAACGGGCCGAUGACGCGAUCGCGGAAACGCAAACUCGACGAAUUGGUCAACUAUUCUGACAGUUCCGCCGAGUCGUACGAGUCGUCGACGCAAGUCGCGACGCGAGACGAAACAAACGUCCAUAGAAAACAUAAGGCCGGCAAGCGGUCCAAACGCCUUCCCACAGUCGUAGUCGAAUAGAGUUUUCCUACUUACGCUCGGUCCAGUAUAAUCGCUCCAGUAAAUUCUCAUCUUGUUUCCUAUGCAUUUUACACAGUAUGUAACACCGCUGCCUUCAGCGUUUGUACGAGACGCAAGCAUCGCAUCAUUCCUAUCUCGCGAGAGAUUUAGAAUAUUAUAUGUAUAUGUAAUUAAUUACAUAACUACGCCAUCUCAUCUUCUUUAAAUCCAUUUUCUAUCUAACGGACGAUCAGCACGCGAAAACGCAUUGACGAUUGAUGCAAGUGCAAUCUUGCAGUAUCUGAUAGAUGGGAAAAAUGGACGUGGGUGAAACAAUACUGUAUCACUGUGGUCAGGGUCUCAAAGAAGUAUCAAUGUUUCUUCGCGAGAAUUUACGCAAUAUAAUACAGAAUUUUAUUUUUAUUACCGCUAUCGGGAGUGUAAGUGGACGGAUGCGAGUUAAGACGGUGAGUCGUUUUUUUGUUGCGUUAAGCCGGAUUAUCUGUGAUUAUACUAAUGAAACACGUUAUAAAUUAUUGUAAUUAUAACGUAUUACAUGCUCCCGUUAAAAUUUUCUUCCGGCGACCGCUUCUGCGAUCAGUAAGAACGAUUUAAGAUAUGAACAAUAAGGAUUGACGGGCCAAAAUGAAGAAAAUUUUAGCGAAUGCUUAUGACGAAUAUACAUAUAUGUGGUGAAUGUGCCUCAGAAAACUCAUUAUGAGUACAUAAAGUAAUAUGGUAGAGAUAACGCGCGAUUAUGCAAAAAAAACAAUAGGAGCACUGUUAUCGCCAGUGGUACCUCAAUAAUGGAAAAGGGGGAAAAAUUGUGCGUAGAAAAAUACGACUUGUUAAAAAAAAAAAAAGUUAUAGUACAUUAAGCGCUCUUUUACGGAGUGUUAUCGAAAAUAAUUAAAUACAUUUUUACGACUUUAAAAAAAUUUUGUUUCUAAUUAUGUUAAACAUUACUGAUAACUAAUUGAUUACUGAUAACUUAUACAGGUAAUUUUAUGGAAAGAAAUAACAACGUUAUUUAGUAGAUAAUGUUUUACGAUAUCUACGAUAUUUUCGAAAGUUUAAAACAUAAAAGUAAAAAAAAAUUCUAUUUUUUCCUCUGCACAAUUCUCUGUCACAAAGCACUAAGAGAAGAUCUAUUUUAUUUGUGUAUGCAAGUCUCAGAAAAA